AUGGGGGAGAAAAAGGCCCCAGCUGGUAACCGAAGAGGAGAAAAUGAGUUCAGAGGCCAGCUGCUGAACCAGAGGUGGACACGAGGGGACAGAAUAAGCAGAUUCUGUGAGACCAAGAGGAGCCUGCGAAUCAAAAUGAGUCAGGAAGCAGCAGAAACAAGAACACGGACCCGCUCAAAAGGUAUUAGAGUACCCAGUGAACUCGUGGGAACAGAGUUAAGCGUUCUCGGAUGCCCAAUAGUGAAGAAGAGGAAACUUGCGGAGGCGGAAGCAGAGGCAGAAGACAAUCAGCCCGCCCCUAAGAAAAAGUCCCCGUCCCUGAAGUUGGCCAUGGACGAGGGUUUCAACGCAGCAGACAGUGAUGCUGGCAACAAUUGCGCACAGGUGUUACCCGAAGACACAGAAAAAAAGACGUCUGUCGAGUUCGACACCAUAGCUGCACCUGAAGCAGAGGCUCUGCAGGAGGACACAGAGGCAGCCACCACAACCCAACAGCAUGCUUCCACAGAGGCAGAAGCAGAAACAGAGGCAGAGACAGCGACAGACAGACGCGAAGAGGAGGUGCAAGUAGUGGCAGAGAUACAGGCCGCAGAGGAGGAGGAGGAGGAAAAUGAGGGGACAGUUGAUGAAUACAGAACAACAGAGAAGCCCAAAGGCAACGAUGAAACAGGGAGAGCAGAGAUUGAGGAGAAGCAAAAGGAGGAGGUAGGAUACGAGGAAGAAGAGGAAGAAGAGGGGGUGGAGGAAGAGAAAGAGGAGGAGAGGCAAUAAGAGGAGGAAGAGGAGGAGGAAGGAGAGGAGGAAACAGAAGCAGGGGAGGUGGAAGAAGAAGACCAAGACUCUCACAAAGCCUCACCUACCACAGUGGUCAUCGAGAUACGAUCUGAGGAGGAGGAAGAGGAGGAGGAAGAUGACUGUCUCUCACAGGGUUCAGGCGUGACAGAUGACUCUGAGACCUGGGAUAUGACCCGGGGGAACUUGGGGCUGCUGGAGCAAGCUAUCGCUCUGAAGGCCGAGCAGGUGAGAGGGCCGCACGACGACCAACAGUCUCCCGAGGACCAGCGCUACCACAGCCCCGAUGACAGGGCCAGCAAACCCAUGGACCCAGCCAUGCGACACAGAGGACACCACAGCAAAGGUAGGCCAGACAAGAAAGAGGUGAAAUGCCCCACCCCUGGGUGUGAUGGGACGGGCCAUGUGACUGGGCUGUACCCCCACCACCGCAGCCUCUCUGGGUGCCCUCACAAAGACAGGAUCCCACCUGAGAUCCUGGCCAUGCACGAGAACGUGCUGAAGUGUCCAACUCCAGGAUGCACAGGCCAAGGUCACGUCAACAGCAAUCGCAACACGCACCGCAGUCUGUCCGGUUGUCCCAUCGCAGCUGCAGAGAAGCUCGCCAAGGGGGGCCAAGUCACCCUCAGUCACCCCCAGCCUUCAGUCAGCGAGCCCCAAACUGGGAGCCCCCACUCAGACAGAGUUCUCAGACCAAUGUGUUUUGUGAAGCAGCUGGAGAUUCCUCAGUACGGCUACAGACCCAACAUGGUGCCUGCUACACCCCGCGCCAACUUGGCCAAAGAGCUGGAGAAAUACUCCAAGGUCUCCUUCGACUAUGCAAGCUUCGACGUCCAGGUGUUUGGGAAGCCUAUGCUGGUUCCAAAGAUACCCGUCACCAGUCAAUCCUCACCCAAAGCCAUCAAAUCUAAACCAUUCCCUAAGGCCUCGUCCCCGAGCCAUAGCUUGUCAGGAGGAUAUGCAAAGAGCAGCUCCUCCUCAUCCUCCAGCGGCUACGAUUAUUCCCAUGAUGCUGAGGCUGCUCACAUGGCUGCCACUGCCAUCCUGAACCUGUCCACGCGCUGCUGGGAAAGGCCAGAGAACCUUAGCACCAAACAGCAGGACGCAGCUGGCAAGGAAAUUGAUAUUGAAGUGGAUGAGAAUGGGACACUGGACCUGAGCAUGAAGAAGCCCAUCAAGAGGGAAGGGAUGCAAUCACCAGACCCAUCUUUAUCCUCCUCCUCUUCCUCGCAGCACCCGGGAAGUGUUCCCUUGUCCCAGGCCCACCUGCAGGAGGAGUGGGAAGGGCCUCUGGACUUCACCAAGCCCAACUGUCCCAAAGAGGAGGAGGAGCAAGAUGAGGUGGACUUUGUGGCCCACUCCUACACCUCCUCUGAUGCAGAGGAUGAUGACAUCGCUCAGGAGAGUAUGGAGGACAGGAAGUACCCAGGCGAGGUCACCACAUCCAGCUUCAAGGUCCAGUUCUCGCCUAAAGACUGCAAGAAAGAGGUUCUACUAUGUCCCACCCCAGGUUGUGAUGGCAGUGGGCACAUCACUGGAAACUACGCUUCACAUCGGAGUCUGUCAGGCUGUCCUCUUGCUGAUAAGUCUCUUCGGACCCUCAUGGCAGCCCACUCUGCUGAACUUAAGUGUCCGACCCCUGGAUGCGAUGGAUCAGGUCACAUCACUGGAAACUACGCCUCCCAUAGAAGUUUGUCUGGAUGCCCUCGUGCAAAGAAAGGUGCUGUCAAGACAACACCCACCAAGGACGACAAGGAAGACUCUGAGCUUUUAAGAUGCCCGGUGCCCGGCUGUGACAGCCUGGGCCACAUCAGUGGGAAGUAUGCCACCCACCGCAGUGCCUACGGGUGCCCCCUGGCAGCGCGGCGUCAGAAGGAGGGGCUCCUCAAUGGCUCUCCUUUCUCCUGGAAGGCCUUUAAGACUGAGGGACCCACCUGUCCCACCCCCGGCUGUGACGGAUCAGGACACGCCAAUGGCAGCUUCCUCACACACCGCAGUCUCUCUGGUUGUCCCAGAGCCUCUGCUAAUAAGAAGAGAAGCAGGUUUCCUGGAGACGAGUACAUUACAGCAAAGUUCAGGGCCAGCGAUGUUCUGGAUAAUGAUGAAGAUAUCAAGCAACUGAACAAUGAGAUCAGGGAACUCAGCGAGUCCAAUUCAGAGAUGGAGGAUGACAUGAUGAACCUGCACACACAGAUCUCAUCCAUGGAGAAUAACCUGAAGAGUAUGGAGGAGGAGAACAAGCAGAUCGAGGAGAGAAACGAUGCCAUGUACAUGGAGCUGUCUGGCCUGAGCCAAGCUCUGAUCCGCAGCUUGUCCAACAUCCGGCUGCCACACAUUGAACCUAUGUCGGAGCAGAACUUCGAUACCUAUGUGGACACCUUGACCCAUAUGUUCUCCAAUAAAGAUUGCUACCAAAACCCGGAAAACCGUGCUCUGUUGGAGUCAAUCAACCAAGCAGUAAAAGGUAUCGAAGUAUAG